GCGUUCUUGCCUCUAUAUAACGCGAUAUGGAAGAUUGGCUGGCCAUUCCAAUAGCAGAUACUCGCUAAUCGAGCAGCAAGCUAGGAGGCGAAAUUUUUACACACCAUGAUGAUGCUCACAAGACUAAGUCAGGAACUCCGUGCACGCCUACGGCCGAAUGUUUGCACGUGCCUCGUCAUAGUUGCUCUGGUGGCAUGGACGUCAGCUCAGACCUCAUUGGACAGUACACAGGGCACACACGAACUCGACAUUGAACUCUUCCGGAAUUUGUGGGAUGCAUAUAUAUUGCCUAAACUUGAAAUGGACUUAUACAAAAAGUUAGAUAGUCGACAUUCUGAUAGUGACAUGUUAGAGUCGUAUGGUUAUUUAGCAGGUCAUCCAACUGAUCAGAAGAACGCUAAUCGACAAAAAAGAAAAAACUUUAUGGGAAUGGACAACAUGGACAGAAUGUUUGCCUCUCUGAAUUCUAAGCCCCGUUUCAUGUCCGUGGAUAACAGUUUUGGCAAUCUCCAGAACCUUCUACGAAAUGCUGGUCGCAAACGACGAUAGAUGCUAGCAUCAACAACAACGACAACACUAUCAAUACAUAUUUAGAUGUGGGAAAAUUAAUUUUUUUAGUUGCAAUUUCAUUCAUUGAACUUCCAAACAUUAUCGACAUUAUUUCAAGGAAUAAGCGCAGGAUGGUCGUAACUCCCAUCUCGUGGUAGAAAUUACGUUAGUCGUACGCAAAGCUUACAAUUUUACGUAAUAAGAUAAUAAGUUUUAUUGUUUAUUCAAAUGUAUAUUUAGAACAAAUCAACAUAAUUGCUGAAACCAAUGAAAGUGCAUGUGUUUGUUCUCUGAAGACAUAUGAAAGCUAUCUUAUGUAAUUUAUACGAACCACAAAUUUUAUUAUAAAAUAAUUAUUAUUAUUAUAAUUACACGUAUUAAAAUUAAAUAAAAACACAUUCAAGCAAUAUAUUGAAACAACAGCCGACCGACAACGCAGCAGAUUGUCUUGAAAGGGCAAACAAAGAGCACAUGAAACACGAAAAACAACAAGAGAAAUGUACAGUUCGUAUGUCAUGAAAUCAUGUAUUAUGGUCGAAGGUCAAUCAUGAAUGUCUUGGCCUCAUCAUGGUAGUAAGUUAAUGUUCAAAUUAUGGACACA